CACCCAGCAAAACGUGCGCGGCGGCGGGUGGGGCCGGUAGAAAAUGGCGAGUCUGUGUAAGAGGCAGCAAUGCACGCUCGAGAGACGCGGCUUUCGGCAGGAACUUGACUCGUGGCGGCAUAAACUUAUUCACUGUGUAGGUUUCGAAAGCAUUUUGGAAGGGCUGUUUGGACCAGGACUUGUAAAAGAUCUCACCCUAUUCAAAGAUUGCGAACCAGAAGUCGUAUCAGAUUGGUCAUUUGAUGAAAAUUGUCUCUUCUGCUGCUUAAGACGAGAAAAAGUAAAGGAACAUUUAGUUGGCUUAAAUGACCAAGUCUUGGAAGUUGGGGAGAGAGCCCUGUGCAACCAGGAACAGUCCAAAAUAAACAGGCUCGAGCGGCAAGCAGAAGAAUUCCUUAAUGCUGUCUUUUACAGAAAAGCAGAUAUCCCUCGGGUCUCCGACCCCCACAUUCCUCUAGUGGCUCGCGAGAUAAUGCAGCGAAUGAUCCGCCAGUUCGCUGCUGAAUAUACCUCAAAAAACAGUUCUUCUCAGGACCCCAUCCAGCCCAACGGCACUAAGGACCAAAGCCUGCCGAAAGCACCCGCGCUCGCUCCCCCUCCUCCUCCUUCUCCUGCUGCUGCUGCUGCCUCUGCACAGAACCCCGUUCUCAGCAAGCUUCUCAUGGCUGACCAGGACUCCCCACUGGACCUCACCGUCAGGAAGUCUGAGCUGGAGCCCAGUGAUCAAGAUGGAGUCCUUGAUCUGUCAACUAAAAAAAGCCCUGGUGGAAGUAGUGCAUCCCUCAACAGCUCUCCUGGCUGCUCAACAGCCCCCCUGGGGAAAGGGCGCCCAGGGAGAGCUGACCACAACUAUCGAGACGGACAUUGCCGGGAUGCAGAUGGGCUGCCUUCAAGAAGCUUGCAGGACGGGAUGAGGGAGAAUUACGGCCACUCCACCCCUCUUAAGCCUCCGCUAGCUCACUCCCUUCAGAUCAAAGAGGAUCUGCUCAGCCGGAAGCAGCAUUUGCAUCCGACCGCUGUCUCUCUGUCCAGCCUUGAGUCGGUGGGGCUGCUGAGCCACGGGCAGCAUGCCGUUCUCUCGAGAGAAAGUUCCUGGAGCAAGCCGCAUUUUGACAACCACCUGAAGUUCAAGGCAAACAGUGCACUUAACGACCUGAAGGACCUGCCCUUUCUCCUGGAGAACUCUGGUGCAUUUUCAAAGAAUCCGAGCCAGGCGAAGCUACAUGAUGGGAAAAGGGACCACGGACACUCGGCUCCAGUGGAUCUGAAGAUCCCUCAGGUCCGAGGCAUGGAUCUCUCCUGGGAGGCGCAUGCUUCCGACCUCUAUGGUUACGGAUCUCUGGUGGUGGGCCCUCACUCGGAAAACGCUCUCAGCAAGAAGCUGCGGGCCAUCCUUCCCAAGCAGAAUCGGAGAGGGGGUGUAGGGGGAGCCCUGGAUGGGGGACAGGAUUUCUGGGGGUCUGAUGUAGAACAGUCAACCUCUGGACAGCAGUACCCGACCUCUGACCCAGAGGGAGACCCGAACUCCAAACAGCCUCGAAAGAAACGGGGGCGCUACCGGCAGUACAACAGCGAGAUUCUGGAGGAGGCGAUCUCAGUCGUGAUGAGCGGGAAGAUGAGCGUGUCAAAGGCACAGAAUAUCUAUGGGAUCCCCCACAGCACACUGGAGUAUAAAGUCAAAGAGAGGCUAGGAACUCUGAAAAACCCUCCAAAGAAAAAAAUGAAACUGAUGAGGAUGGAAGGGCAAGAGGUGGUGGCUGAGUCUGACCCUUCUCCCAGGGGUGAAGGGUCACAGGGGACAAGCGAUGUGAAAGAUGAGUAAAGUAAAAGUUGGUGGGGCUUCAGUAGUGCCAAUUUACUUUGCAGUAUCUGGGUGAGCACAAACGCAGGAAAUAACGGAGAAAACUGGAAAAAAAAAAGUCAGAUAUGCUAAUUUUACAGUGUUUUACUUCCAGCACUGUACAGGCAUUUUGGUUCCUCAGUUUGCAAACAGAUGCAUUGAAGCCACGCGUUAUGUGACACCUACUAAGUUUUAGCGAAGCAAGAUUAGUUAACCCCCUCCCUCCCCCUUCCCCCCUUUUCUCCCAAGUGUCUGAACCCAGUAUACAGACCGGACUUGGCAAGUCUGUGGGCUUGGGGCAUGGGGCGAGGUGUUGUAAUGGGUGGACCACUAGGGAUGAAUGCCUUCUACAGGAAACACACAGUAAAGCCCUCCACACCCCCCUUUUUAGCAAAACAAAAUUUGUGAAAAAACACUAAGUUAAUUUCAGUGGACUUUUAUGAACCUGUACAUUUUGCAAAUUCUGAAUUUUCAUGGACCAGUUCCCAGUAUUGUCACCAGAGACCCAGGAUUUUGCGCAAAACCCACACAAGCAAGUUGGGUUCCUUAAGGAUUUCUGUUAGGCUCCUUUGUGAAUUCAACAUCACUUUUUUUUUAAAGUCUUUAUUAAUGAAGUGUACACACUUGGUAUAUAGAAAUUCAUUCAGGGAUGUACUUCUGUGUUUUUCAAAGACUUCUGUUCUCUCUUUUCAUUUUUGGGGUUUGCUUUUUUUUUUGCACUACAUGCUCUGGUCUUGUGCUGUCAGGCUCGGCGGCCUAGUGAGCACCUGGCCAGCCUGAUCGCCUCUCCGCUGCUGUCUCAGCGCUCUGCACUUAAGGUCUGCAGGAGUCACUUUUCUUUCUUUUCCUAGUGAGUCUCUUUGCUGUUUCAGGAUUUCCCUUUGAUUUAGGGAUUUUAGUCACCUGAAUUGCAGAAAAGCCGUCGUUUUAGUGAAACCCACAUCCAGGGAUUGGUUUUAAAAUCAGUUAUUUUCCCCCAGCCUUUCCAGUAAAAUCAUAAGUUACUUGUUGACAGAUUUUGCUGAAAAUGCUCCAGUAAGGGGAAAAAUGUUGAUUUCAUCUUAGGGUUUUUAUUAUAAUUAUUUCUAUCUUCAUGUUAAGAUAAUUUCCUUUUGAGCUCAGGGUAACUGAGAGAGGAGUCUAUAUAUUCUAUAUUUUUAAACAUAAGACUCUUUCUGCAGGCAGGUGAAGGACAGUAAAGGUGUGUAAAGAUUUUCCAGGAAAAGAAAAGAAGAGUCUAGCUCGUCCAGUGGCUUAAAGUACAACGAUGAGAAAAUUGAGGGGUCCAGGGAUGGGGAGAGGGUGUAAGUGUGUCCAUGAAUUUCUGAAAAUAGCACUUUUUAAAAAGAAAAUGUGUGGUGGUGGUGGCUGCAGGGGGGAGGGGGGGGACAAAACACAAAAGCUUUAGUGUCUGAAUAAGUUCUGAAAGCUGCAGCUCAGACCCAGACUUUCCUUGAAUUACCUCUUCAGCAAACGCUAGCAGAGAUGGGAGUUUCUAUCAGACGUAGCUUUAUCAGAGCCCCUGUAAACCUAUGAAAUAGGCAGAUGUAGCGACUUCCCCAGUGGAAAGACUUGGGGGCAUCCUACAAUAAAUGACAAAGGCCCUAAAAUCCUGCUUGAUUUUUUUUUGAAGAAAAAAAAGCAGGUAAAAGCAGUUUAAUGAAUCAGUGCUUUAUGCUGCUUUAGUACCUAGUUUUGUUUUUGAAACACCCUUCCUCCAACUGCCUGGUGCUCACCCAGUCUGAAGUGACAAACACAAUCAUAAUGCAGUCGAUCAGUCUUCAGGUAUAUACUUUGAAUCUACCCUCAAACACAGCCUUUCUACUACCAGGGCAUGGAUUCAAGAACUGUAUCUUGUUUGUGAUAAGUUUUUAAAAUAGGUAUUCAGUAUCAAGGUUUUUUAAUUCUGUAUCGCGUCCAUGCACAUAAAUGCAUAAAUACACACUCCGAAUAUUUACAAAUUUGUUUUGUACCCAGUGGAAGGCACCGACACAAUGCUGUGUUUGUGUGUGAGCCUAUCCAAAAACAGGUGCACAUUCUUUCACAAUGCGUGCAGUGUGUUUGUCUGACAGUGACAGGGAUUAAAUAUAUGGCUAUUUUAAAUCUUUUCAAAGCUUUUGAGUAAUGAGUGUCACGGACACCGAAUAUAAUAGUUUGGUGUUCACACAGGGCACAACACAAUUUUGUGCUUAGGCCAGUGACAUUGUUUUUGUAGAGCAAAGCCAGUUAAAAUGUUAUUGCGCUUAAACACAAUGUAUGUGUUCUGUACAUUUGAUUUUACCACAAAGUUAUUUUCCCAGUUUGAACUCAAGAUAAGUGUUAUAUUUAACACAGUUUGUAUUAAAUAUGUGGACUAGAUAACUGGUCAGUAACCACAUGGCUUCAUUAUUCUGAGAGUCGCAGGAAAGGGGCAAGGCUGAAGGGAAUACUGCAGUAACCUAGUUACUUGAAGUAAUUCAGUAUCCCAUUUACAGGCCUGUUCAGAUCACCUGCUAGGUGGAGAAGCUGCAUAAAAUGCCUAAAACACUUUAGUAACGCACAGCAUUUAAAGUGUAUAAUUGGGUUUAUAUAUUUUUUUCGUCUUAAAAGGGUUUUUUCAGCGUUUUUCAUUUUCUGAAAUUAAAUCCUUCUGUAGAUCUAGACCUGUUUUAAGAUAAUCCUUAUUUUUUACUUUAACAAAGCACUUAAGGGAAUGAUUUUAUAUAUGUGUAGGGUUUCAACACUUAAAAUGGGCUUUUAAAACAGAAGAUUGUUCCUCAAGAAAAUGAUUUUGGGCCAGGCGACCUUGAACCAGAACAUCCCCUUGCUUCUUUAGAAACCGGGCUAGAAACGUUUGCAAUUGUCCUGUUGUCUUAUCCUUAUAUUUACACGUGGUUGUGUAUGUGUAUGCAUACACUGUAUUCAUAUUGUGAGAACCACAAAGUUACUCCAAGUCUUACCUUCCACGGACUGAAGGCACUUAUUGAAUGUGGUGUGCUAUUGCUGCAUUAGUUAGAGCAAUUACAGGAUAGAAACUAUUUCCCUGUCACUUUCCAGCAAACAUGAGAAAGCUGGCUUACAUUGCCUUGCUUACCAAAGUCCAAAUUAGGCAUUUUGGCACAGCUGCAAUUUAGCAACUACGUGCAGUUCUAUUCUAUAUAACACUUUGUUUUUGUUGUAGUUUUGCCUAUGGGGUAACGGCUCCCCCUGUCCACAAAAUCGCCUCCUCUUUCCUCGCUAUCUCCAGUCAAACCUCAGAAAGCAGAACCAUAAACCUGCUCUUAGCACAGUUCCUGAGAAUCUGCGUGUUAAAAUGAAUGUAAUUAUGAAUAUUUUUCACACUUCCAAAAUAAGCAAAAAAAAAAAGUGGCAGGUAAAGCAUAAAACAAAGUACACUUUGCUUGUGCUGCACAGUAUGUAAGAUGCUCUUUUCUGAAAUUAAAACUCUUGGCUAUGUGGUUUUGUAGCCUUCAAAAUAUCUCAGGAUAGUAGUGAAGCAAUAUUUGUCAGUUAGAGAAAGCAGACUUGACUACCUGUAUUUUAAACAAAAACAACAAAAAACCUAGCUUUUUACCACUUGAAUACCUCAGUCUCGGAAAAUAUUCCUUUUCCGUACCUCGUUUCUGUAUCCCCGUUCACAAGCUUCUGAUGAAGGGAUAGUCUCUGCUCUGGGAAAUUUAGCUUCCUUCUUUUUUUUUUUUGUUCUGAGGAUGUUUUGCUUAAAAAUCUAACUGACCAGUAUGUGCUUCCUACUUUUUUUUCAGAAAAUUUUGCAAGAACGAACCAUAAUUCACUAUGGUAUAUAAAACAUUCUGUGCAGCAAUUAGGUAUUUGUCUAUCUUAGCCUUUUUCCCUAUUUAUAAUGUAUAAUGAGCUCAGUACAGUUCUGUGGUGGUUACACCACUUUCUUUUGAUGUUUCUGCAACUAGUUUGCCGUACUGAAGUAAAAACCAAAUGUGCCUAAGCAGGCAGUUCUUUAAAAUAUUUUACUGUAGGUUUUUCCCAGUACUUAAAGGGGCACUGUGCUCUAUAUAAAUCUGAACUCACAAGCGGGCCCUGUAGUUGUAAACAAGGGGUUGGCUAUUUGUGACUGUAAUGGAGGCUUCUAAUGGGACAGGUGGAACAGUUUAUUCCCCGCUAUGUAGCUGUUUGAUUCCCCACAUCACAGUGCAUUCCAAAAUCUUUUAUUUUAAAAAGAUCGAAAGUUUUAUGUUUGUGAGUAUAAAAAGUAUUUAUCUACCUAAAAGUCUUUAUCUACCUUUUUAAAUUCUUGCAGUUGUAGUGUUACACAUUGAAACGUAACUGUUUUUUUUCCUCCUGCCAUUAGCCCUGAAUGGCAAACCUUCAGAAUACCUGUAUAUUCUCCAUCAUGGACAUAUGAAGUCUUUCAUAUUAGCCACAUAUCUGGUUCACAGUUAUACCUCAGGUCAUUCCUCCAGAGCAGCUGAUUGUAACCACAUCUUGACACACUGAGAUUUUUUUUUUUAAUCGGUGAAGUGGUGGAUUUCCACAGGUAUUGACACCUUUCAGUGCAGCUGAUCAAGUCUAGCACACAGUCUUGAAACAAAACUUAGACACUACCACUUAUGGCACACAUCAGGGAUACACUGUAGUGGACUGGUUAUUUCCAGUAACCGACUGUCUGCAAAUGUUGUAAUUUAAUUGCUGUAAUGAGAACUACCUGAUGUAGUAUCAGGAGUCUGCUUUAGGUAUACUAAAGGUGAAAUGUACAACUAGGCAAAAGCUUAUAUUAUCUUUGUAAUUUGUUUGCCGGUUAUGUAAAAACAAAAUACUGUAAACUGGGUACUCCUCCCUUUGCACAAGACCUAAUACUGCUAUAUUGUAGGUCUUGUGCUGUGCCCAGUCCUUAAACCCUGCCGUGACGAACAUCUGUUGCUGAGAUUAUUUGAAUGCAGCGUCGUUUUGUGUUGUAAGGUUCGAGGUGAACCAGGUAUUUGCAUCUUUGAGAGGUCUACUUUACUGGACUUCAGCGAAGAACCUAAUAGCUAAAACACCUUGUGCAAAACUGCGGUUAUAGUAGAAUUUAAAGGCAAGGCACACCAAGGGAAAGCCCAUCUGAAAGUGAAGCUGCUGGUGUCACCAACAAGUUUACCAAUUGAUUUAUGUCAAUCACCUUCGGAAAUUACAUUUCCCUGGGGGGGGGUUCUGGGAUAUGACCAGGGGGUGUCUGCUUAAGUAGAUAAUCCUCAUUUCUCUUUAUCGCUGAAAAAGAAGUCAUGACUUGUUGUGUAAAGACCAGUUGCUGUCCUUAAAUGCUCCAAAGUGAACUAAAAACAGACAGAUUUAAGACCUAAUUCUCAGGCCUGUGGUUUUACUGUUUGAUCACUUGCAUUGAUAUUUAGGUAUCGUAAAGGGAUGAGUUUGUUGUUAAAUCCUUCCCCUUUUAUACACCUUUAGAAAGUGAUUUGUGAGUGUGUGACGUUGUGCCUUCAUCUGGUUUCAUCAAGUAGAAUUUUCUAAUGUACUAAGUAAUUAGAACUUUUUGUAUCUGGACUGCUACGGCAUCAGUAAUGGCAUUUAUUAAAUGAAGGCAUUUACAUGGUGGACCUCAGUCCUCAGUUUAUACAUUUUCUUAAAUCCCACACUCUGUACUAGCAUUAUUCUGACUUUCUAAAACAGUUUUAGUUUUAGAUCCUUAGUAACUUGACAACAUUACAUAAUGUAAUAUGUCAUUCAAUAUUAAUAACUAUUAUUAACAAAUAGCUAGAUUAUGUUCAGAUUGCCUGGCCUUUUUAGUUUUCAAUCGAAAGGUUCCAGCUCUUCGCUUCUCCGUCAGCAGUUUACUGACAGGUCGCAUUCAUGACCAGUGACCUGUUCAAGAGUAAGAAUUUUGUCACCCUGCAUUUAGUCAGUUUUAACAUCAGUGAGGGAGAGACCAUUUCUUGGACUCUUGGUGUUUAAUGCCAUAGACACUGAGAUAUUUUUAAAAGGAAUGACAUGCAAUAUAAACAAGUAAAAAUGUUUGCUGAAUUUUGCUCACCUGAAAAGAGCCUUUAUUUGAAACUUUGCUUACAGUAGCCAUUAACAUGCUUACAGUUAAUACUCUAGAGCCCGAGGAGUCAUUUUAUCAUAGGUAUCCUUCAUCAGUAAGCCCUGAUUGUCAGCUUCAUGAGCCUGCCGUACUCUGCCUUACUGAUGUCUGUAGUGUGUGUGUAGACCCAUUUGUCUAAACAGUCUGUGAAGGAGCAAAUGAACCAAUUUUGAAUUUCUCUGCCCAAAUUUGACUUUCACUUAAGAGGUAAAGGAACUAAACUGGGCUAAUCUGGUCAGCGUUAAGACAACAAUCCGGCAGUUAGGCUCACAGGUGAAGGUGUGCCUGUCCUUUAAACAGAUGAAAUUAUCUUUUAAAGCAAAAUGAGGAGCUUCUCAUGGUUGUCAUUUUGUCAAACACUGUUUCUUAGCAGAUGUCUUUUUUGGGGGUGGAAGGGGCUGGGCUCUGAAAUGUCUGUGAAAACUCUAGGAAAGUUUUAUUUUAAUUGGAUGUAAAAAAACUUGACGUGGGACUGCUUUUUUGUCCAAUUUGGUAAAGUGAAAUUGCUGGAGGUUUAGAUGUGUUCACUCCUCCCCCCUCCCCGCAACUCCCAGUUUUUCUAACUGCAAAUCAGAAAUGCUGCUAAAAUGGAAGUUGUAGUUGCAGUGACAGAACCGAGCCAACCAAGAGCUGGUUUAAUGGGACAGGCGUAAUGCAAACCAAAAAUAUUGCAGAUGGCAUGUGCUUGCAGGUGCAUUUAUUGAAUGUUUCCUUUUUGCAAAAUAGUUUUUUAAGAGCCCUUAGACCCAGCAUUAAAUUGCUCUUUUGUGUCUCUCAUGAGGAUCCCCUCUCGUUACCUUUUCAAAGUUAGUAAUUCCUUGUCCAGUUAUAGUGUAGAAUAGGGUUUACUACCUCACACCCUGCUUUAUGUGCAGGAAAUCCCUCUGUUUGUCAGUUCAGUAUAACCUGAAAGAAGUUUCUAAAAACCUUUGGAUAAAAUGAGGAGUACAGAGAUGUCUAAUUUAAAAAACAUAAAAAAUACAUCUGUUAAGGUAUGGUGUAAGUCACUCCUGCGUUUUCAUUUUGUUUUGAUUUCUUGAAAUAGAGACUCAACCUUUUGGCAAGUGUUUGUAGCAUUUAACUUGCUGGGGGCUAAUGAUUAAUCAGCAUUGCAUUUCUGCAGGCAGUCACUGUUGUCAGAUUGCGUGUUUGUUAUGGGGUGGUUCACGCUCACUGGGACACCAGUUUGAAAUUCUGUGUGCUGCACCACCUUUUAUGUGAUUUUCAAUGUUAUCUUGCAACCUUUGUGAACCUGUAAUGCCAUUUAGGUCAAAUGUGCUGUUUUUUUCCCGUCUUAAUUGCUGUCUGACCGCAGAGUCAUACAAUGAAGAUGGCACACCACAAACAGUGCUUACACACUCGCGCCCUUUUUAUUUAAAAAUAAUGACAAAGUCAUGGGUUGUAUUCUGUAGGAGUUUUUGUUCACUUUUAAGUUUUCAAAACUGCUUUGUUUUUCAACAAGAAAAAAAGUCACUUGCUUUGCCCAUCACCCAACACACAUGGUUAUCAGAAGUGUAACUGGUGAACGUCAAGGUCUGAAAAAUGUUGUGCACCUUUUAAACAGUUCUUAAAUCAUUAGCAGCCUCAACAGAAAACCGUUGGCUUUCCAGGAAAGGACCAUGUUCUGUUCUUGCCAGAGUGAUGUUUCUGUCCAGAUUGUUUCAUUUCAAGUGAAUAGGACCAAAAUGUUUGUUCUUUUUUAUUGUUCCUUAAUCUGUCUUAUGACCAUGUAUAUUAAUUCUUACAGUGAAGGUUUUGUGAUGUAAAAUCUGGGUUAAUGGAGACUAGUUAGGGACAUGGAGCUUAAACCAAGCCCCUCUCUUAAUUGAAAGCAAUACUGAAGAGACUGAUGAAAAUUCUGCAUUUGGCUGUAUGAGUAUUUUAUAGGUCCUGUUAAAAUUUCAUGAACUCUCAUAAAAGCUGCUGAAUAAUUUAAAGGACACAUUGUAAAUGUAUGAUCUUUGAGACAUAUAGGAGGGCUGUAUUAAUUUCUGAGGCUUAAUGCAAGUGGUCAUCACUUCACUUGUAUUUCUCCAGCCUCUUCAUUUUUAAGAAUAGACUCAAAGUUGACAGUAAGUUUUACCAGAAAUGGUUCCUGCAGAAGUUGGUGUGCAUUGGAGUGAAGCAGUUUUAAUAUGCCGACUGCUGAACAGCAGUACCCUGGCAGAACUGUUUGUCUUACAGCUGCUUCAGCAAGCCUUGUAAGGUGUAGAAAAGACUGUGGUUAGUUUGAUAUGUUGAAAAAAAUGAUCAGAGCCUCUCAUUCCACAAACAUCUUGCCCACUCAGCUCAGUUUUGUAAUAAAUGAUUUCAUCCUUUCUGACAAGUGCAAGAGUUUCGCUUUCCUGUAUACAAAACAUGUCUAACCAUGCAGAGCAAGGAACUGUGUUGAAAAGCUUGGUACAGUAAAGGGGCAGAAUUGCCCUUUGUUUAUGGUUAAAAUAGAGACACAACUCAUGUCAUUUCCUUAUGUGGAAGAGUAGGCACUGUACUAGUUUAAAAUUCAAACCAUUUCCAAAACCCAUUGCAUGGUGCUUGAUCCUUGUACACUCUUUGUACGGCAAGUGUAUAUCUGGUUCAUUUGUGGCUCACCUUUUGGGGGGUUAUUUUCAAGCGCUCUAGAUCAUCAAAACAUUAUGCAGAACGAUUCAGUGUCGCCAGAUGAGGUGGGCGCUUAGUGAGGUGCUACUGUGGAAGGAUUUAGUUUUAUUUCCAUGCACACCCAUCUAAUAGUGAUGCUGGGGCGGGUCUCUUUUAUUGCUGGUGUGUUGCCAUGCGUCUUGAAUGACCUAAAGGUGAUCCUCUCCGUGCACAAAGAAGAAAGUGAUGUGAAGUGUGUAUGUGUAAACACUUCAUUAGUUGGGCAAACCCAACAUCAAAACAAGAAGAAAGUGUCCUGAUAAGUGGGUUCUGGCCAAAGAUUUUCCUUAUAGGUUGGGAACCAAUGUAAAAGCUGAAGGCUGUCCUAUCUGUAUACCAAUUAUUAAGCAGCCAAAUAUCUUGUCAGUGCUUUACAAAGAUAGUGUAAGAAAACAGCAUUGUAAGGAAUAGUGAAGGGAGUGGUGUGUAAAUUGCCCUCAGCAAUGAAUGCCAUUGAAAGGCCCAAAAUAAAAGCUUCUUGACUUGCUUUAUGUGGAGAAUAUUCUGGAUGGGGGAGUCUUUUCUAAAUUCACGGGCUGGCACAAAAGUGCCUUUGCAUGUCCCUUGUCACACUCGAUUCAUAGAGCAUGUGCCGUUUCAUUUGUCUUUGCAACACAGUAUACCUCAGAAAAGCCAUGCAAGCCCUUGCAACCUCAGACUGGUUAAUGAAUCUCUUCAUUCUCACUGUGGAGCAGCCUUUGGUCAUUUGACAUUCAGGGCUCAGCAUAGGGCUUUACAAAGGCCACUGUCUGUGCUUGUGUCAUUGCUUCUGGUUUUGUUUUGGAUCACCCUGCAUGAACUGUCCCGUGUUGCAUAAUUUUUUUUUAAUUUUUCAUCUUGAAUUUGCAGUGUUUGUGUGUCCUGUAGCAAGUACAGGGAAAGGGAUGAAAAAGAACAGUAUUUUUUCAGUUGUCAAAAACGUGUUUUAUUUGAGGAUUCUAUGUUUUUCCUCUAUGCGGGCCACUAGAAUAAUACUGGAAACAGAAUUAUCAGUCUGGCUUUUGUGUGGCUCUUCUGAAACCACUGAGUAGGCCUUUGUCCUUGGCUGUAAAGCAAAAAAAAGUUUUUUGAUGGGUGAAUAAAGGGGCCUUGGGAUAAUGUUUUAAUGUGGUGUUAUAGUUUCCUGGUUAAAUUUUUAUAGCCCUGAACAAACCCAGCAAAAUCGUCACUCUAAAAUAUUUAAAAAUUAGAUUUAGAUAUUUUUAACACCUUUUAAAAUAUCUGGAAGCCUAUAAGAGAUUUUUAUUACUUUCCAUAUUUAUUUUGUAAGCUUGGAUUCCUGAUAGCUUCAGCAUCCCUUUAAUCACUAUUACACUGUAUUAAACCAUAGCUUUGGGCUAAAGAUCCUCAGGAUUUUCAAGCAGAAUUAAGAUGCACCCAGGAAAGUAUUCAGAACCUCCUAUCGAAUUUAACGUGUUUCACAACAGUUUCGCUUUUUGUAUCACUUUAAUUUCAGGAGAUGAGAACUAUUUUAUCAGUGAAUGUAAAAAGUUAGAUAACACCGAAUCAACAUCUGUUAAAUAGCUAUACAUAGAAUAAAAGUUAUAUAUGUAAUUACUGUCAAGCUGAAGGGAUACAGUUCUCCCUUAUUUAAUUCAGGGAAUAAAGGUUAGCAUUUUAGGUAAAUUACUCAGUUUUUUCAAGCCAUGUUAAUUUCCUUUCACAGUCUAAUUGACUGAGUCUUUGUAGGGGGAUAGUUGCGUAGAAAGUUUGAGUUUAGCUGAUAAUGAAGAAAAGCCAAUCCUGCCAGUGUGCAGAGUGGGUCACUUUUUUACCACUGUAUAGACAGUAUAUUUAUGAAAAAAUGAAGUUGUGGGGUUAUGUAUAUAGUACUAAACAAGUAUCAGCACUACCCAUUCCAGGCCUGUGUUUCACAGGCGUGGUGUAUGUAAGGAAUUGAGUAUCUUUGCUAACAAGCCUUUCCCAUUUGCAUUUAGGAAAGUACUUUAAAUUCCUAUAUUGUUUGAAUAUAUUUCUUUCGUAUAUAAAUGUGAAAGAGCAGGAGAUUUUUGGUGUUAUUUUUGCAUGUUAGCCAAAACUUGGAAUAAUGCGUGAAGGUGUGCUCGUCUAAAGUACAGCAGUGUGAGAGAACAGAAGUAAUGGUGUAAAGUAAGCAGUGAGAUAAGAAUCAAAUUUAGAAAACACUGGAAUUUAUGCAAGAUAAAUUUGUGAUGCUUAAGGAAAUUUGGAGACUGACAAAUUGAUAUGUACCUUAAAUUUCAGGCAGUCACUUAAUUGGCGCACCCAAGAUGCGUAUUGCUGGUACUGCUGUUUCUUACCUUUUGCUUACGAUGCUUUUAAUUAUUUUUUUUCCCUUGUACAAAGUAAAUGUGUGCGCGUGUGUGUGCGAAAUCUGUCUGACACCUUCUCUCUUUAUAGUCCUGCUUAUUAUUCCAUUGUCAGCUUUUUAAAAAUCCACAGAUUUAUGUGUUUACUUGUACAUACAAAUUUCAAGGCUCCAAUCUAUCUCACUGUUUAAAAAAAAAAGAAAAGAAAACCCUCAGGGACAUUUUACACUACUCUCACGCAAUUCAGGUACUUUAUCUAGAUUCUGAAGCCUAGCAGUGACUUUUUUUUCUUAAUAAAAUGAAAAAAAGGAAAACGUGCCAGAAAGUGGUACGUUUUUGUUUUUUUUUAAUUAAUGAAUGUCAAUUUUAAACUCAGUUCAGGUAAAAUAUUAGCCAAACGGUGAUUUAAGCUGCAUUAAACUCUCCAGCACACAGUGCCUCAGACACUUAAAUAGUGGCAUACUAUUCUCUAACUACUGCUGAACAGAUUUGGGGUCCUGUUCUCUGGGCAUCUUGUUCCAAUUUAAUGUGCUUUAAGAAGGUUUAAAAAUGUGGAAGCUGAAACCCAGUGCACCGAAGUAUUUCAAUAAUAUUCCGCAUAUGAGUUUUAAAUAUGGGGUGGGGAAUUUUUGGUAUGGUUGUGGUUAUUUCUUGUGCUGUAAAAUCUAAAACUGUUGGUGAAUCUGUGGUCUCUCACGUCAAACGUGUUUUAAAUUGCCCCAUUCAAGUCUUUUUGUAGCUUUGUUUUCACGUUGCAGCUUGUUCCUUUUUACUGACCGAGAGCUGCAGUCAGAUGGGAGGCCUGCAGUGAAACUGCGCUGGUGGGCCUGUCUGAGGCGGCUGCAGCACUCCUGCAGACUUGACUCAGGUCCCAGGCUAGCCUUUUGACAAUGUACAGUUUGUCACUACCCAGGAGAAUUUGGGCAUCAGGUAAAAAUAUAAUGCUUUAAAAUACAGGAGCGUCUUGAAAGAAGGCAGCUUUCUAUUUAAUACUGAUACACGCUGUACCAUCAGCUGCAUUACUAAGCACAGUAAUAACCUUAACUAGAACAAAUGUAAUUAUUUGAAUUCUUUCACAGAGCCUCCAAUUAAAACUAAUUAUUAUAUUAAAGCUUGUUAUUACUGUAAAGUAGGUUUGUGUACGUGCAGUUUAAUUCUUUUCAAGUGCAACCUGACUGAAUUCUGAGAAAUCUGUUUUUGAAAUCCUGGUGUAGGAACCAUUAGCAAAGGGGACCAACAUUUUUUAUACAACGAAACUACUGUACAUUCCUAUUCAAAGGGUGCUGGUGGAUAGUGGUUAGUACUGGGAAAACAUGAGUUACAGCUGCUCGGGGACAAGGAUCUGAAAGAACAUCAAAUUGAAAUACGUGGUGACCUCAUGCUAAUGUGCUUGAACUAAUAUACCGUGACCAUUUCAGGGUUUAGCUUUUGUUUAAAAGACGUGUAUCUUUACUUUAAAAUACCUCAUUCCAUUAGCAUAACUGAAGAACAUUUGGCAAACAAUGACCCCUCUUAUUUGUUGGCUCAUUCAGAUGUUCAGAAAACAGGCACUCCAAAACCUUAAUGGACCUCAUUUCAAUAUCUACUGUUUACAGUUUGACAGAAUUGUAUAAUUUAAUAUUUUUCUUGUACUGUAGUUUAUGUACAUUUUGUUUUUCUUUUUGUACUGUGUGAUUUGGACUUUUAUUCCAGGUUAUGAUCAAUGUGUAUGAUGUAGUAGAGCACUUAAAUGAUCACAAUAAUUAUGUUGGUUUGAUUGCACUAUUUUUUUUUCCUUUUUGAAUGCAAUUCUGAUUUACAACUGGACUAAUAAAAAUAAGCUGUCUCCUAAUGUAUGUGAUAUAUUUUUUUAAAAUUUUAAUUUCUGUGGUCUUUUUUUUUUUCUUUUGCAUUGAACGUCGGGCAGCGCUGAUUAAUUGUCUUUGUGCAUGUGUAAGAUUUUACUGGUUACGUUGUAUUCUAUUAGAAAAUGCCAUUUUCGCAACACAUUUCAGCUGUAACGUUGUGUAAGGUAGUAUUCACUGGAUGCUAGAAUCACUUCUUUUCAAAACCACUAUUCUUCUAAUAAAUUUUGUUGUGAAAAUAUA